UAUCUGAGUAGUUAAACCUGUAGUCUCAGAGUGAACUAAGAACAUUAUAUACAGUGUCUAAAACAAAAGCUUUGCCGCACCAGCUUCACUUAGCGCACAGGUAAUCUACCUGACUGGCAGUCAGCAGAAACAAUGCUCCUCUGUUGAACGUGGGUCUUUACCUGAGGUUUCACUACGGAAGAUUUUCCUGGACAUCAACAUUCUUUGAUCUCUUCAUAACAUAAAGGUGCUUGAACGUGGUCUGGUCGGCUUUAUAGUGAAUUAGUCUCCAUCUUGGGAGUACCAUGUGGAAAUAUAUUCUAUGCUUUCUUAUAAGCACCACUAUCUUCUUAGGCCUAUAUUUUAAGGGCAAGGUUUAUUAUUCUACAAGACUACAGCUGCCUGUAUUAAGAUGCCAUCCACUUGCUGAAAACUGUAAAGUUUUUCCACCUUCCAGCCCUUACACAAGAUGGGAAAGAACAGAAUGCCAGGACCUGGACUUUAACAGUCUCAAAUGCAAACAUAUACAAUCAGAGCAUCAUUUUAUUAUGAAGACCCUGAGCAAAGAAGAGGAGGACUACCCUCUGGCCUUCAUUAUUACUAUCUACAAAGACCUGGAGAUGUUUGUGCGCCUGCUCAGAGCCAUCUAUGCACCACACAACGUCUACUGCAUUCACAUAGAUGACAAAGCCCAGGCAGAAUACAAACUAAGUGUUCAAAGAUUGGCAGAGUGUUUUCCCAAUGUUUUUCUAGCCUCAGUUAGUGAGAUAGUGACCUAUGGUGGUUUUUCUCGCCUGAAGGCUGAUAUUAAUUGUAUGGAGGACCUAGUAAGGUCUCCAGUGAAAUGGCGAAAGGUGAUCAACCUGUGUGGCCAGGAUUUUCCUGUCCAUACCAAACUGGAGCUGGUAAGAUAUAUGCAAGAUGAAAAAUGGAAAGAUAAAAACAUGACUCCUGGGGUCAAACAGCCAGUGUACAUACGACACAGGACUGAAAUACAACACAAGGAAAUCACAGGUCACUAUGUGACCUCAUUGGGUCAAGACCACAAAAAGACCCCUGCUCCACACAACCUGACGAUCUACUUUGGUACAGCCUACUACAGUCUACAAAGAGCAUUUGUGGAAUAUGUGCUCACCAGCCCAGUCGCCAAAGACCUUUUGGAAUGGUCAAGGGAUACCUACAGCCCCGAUGAACAUUACUGGGUAACCCUUAAUCAUCUGGAAGAUGCCCCUGGCAGUAAUGUAAAUGCUGGCUGGGGGGGUAACAUUCGGGCCAUUAAAUGGAAAGACCAAGAAGGGUCAGUACAUCAAGGCUGUAAAGGAAUGUACAUCAGGGAUAUCUGCAUCUACGACGUUGAGGAUUUACCUUGGAUAAUUGAGAGGAACAGCAUGUUUGCUAACAAGUUGGACACCACUAGAUUUCCUGAAGCUCUGGACUGCCUAGAACAGUGGCACAGGCACAAGGUCCUACAGCAGGCCACAGUGCCCAUUCAGUUAUCAUGGCAACUUGCAACAGAGGUCGAUAUUACUGAUGCUGGUCACAGUUAAUACCUACACUUAUUCCUUAAUCUAGUUUGUUGUACACACAAUUCAACAUGGAAUAAUUAAUCCAUUAAACAAAAGCUAUGUAUAUAAUAAAAUUAUAAAUUAUACUAGUAAUUUAUAUUCCUUUUUAUACAGUUUUUUCCUGUGCAAAUCCUAUAUUAUACAACCUAACUUUUGUACUUCAUAUUAACUCGUACUGCAGUUUUGGUUUACUUAUCCUGGCUUCAUAUUUACUCAGAACAACUAUUUCACCAUACAUUUGUUUCCCCCUUUGCUGAGCAGAGGACAUGCAAUAAACAGUGCUGUAAUUUACUGUGCUAAAUCUUCAAAAAAUGUUUUUGUUGUAAAUAUAAUAGUUUAUAAAUGUUUUCAUACCCAAUUUAAGCCAAAUGCAGGCACAGAGCUCCUGAUGCUUGAAAGAUACUGUUUUUGUGAUCAGGCCAGAAAGCUGUUGAAAGUUGCUGUGCUUUGUAAUAUGCAGUAGCAAGAAAAUCAGCCAUGCAAACUGAUUCAUUAUAUCAAGCCAAUGUGCCAUUCGAUCAAGGUUGGACACAUGCAUUUUAUGUAACCUUUAACUUUAACCCUAAUCCUGUGUUGUCUUAUGGAGCGCUGGGUCUUUAUGUAGCACCAUGGUACAGAACGAUGUUGUUUCAUUACACUGUGUACUGCAUCAGCUACAUAUGAUAAAAAUAACAAUAACAGCUUCUUGACCUGAUCAUUUGUUUGUUUUACUGUAUUACAAAGGUGUGAAGUGC